UCAGACGCAACAUUUCAUAGCAGCAAUGAAGUUUGGCACAGAGUGCCUCAUUGGGCCUGUCAGGGCAGCAUGCUCCAGGGAGUCAGUGAAGUCCUCCUUGUCCUACCUGUGGGAUGUUUACUCUUCAGCCAAGCCUGUGGGCCGACACCUCUGGACCCUGAUGUGCCUUUGUCUCACACUGGCUGCUGUUACUGGCACUCUGCUCCACCACUGGCUCUCCAGAACACUGCAAUAUGACCACGACGCAUCCAUUCACACAGCGCUGGCCUACAGCGUGGCUAUGUCACUGGCCUCAUUCCUGUGUCACCCUCUGCGCUGUGUGCUGACCAUGACCCUGCCCACGGUCUGCACCAGGCAAGGCGGCAAGCUCCUCAUCUCGGCCUCGGUCAUGAUUCUGAUGUUGAACGUCAUCCCGAACAUCAGCGUGAAUGUCGGCGCAGUCGUACGUACCCUGAAGUGCACCGCCGAGGGGUUCUCCAAGACCUUGUUGAACUCUUCAGAGCUUUUAAACACAGCGAGGCAGGAAAUUGUCAAGGAAGCCAUUAAAGUGAGGAAGGAGGACCUGAGCAUUGUCACCAACUUAAGGAAGUUGGAGCACUUGACACAAGUGGAUGUGUCCGAGGUGAAAAGCAGGUUUACUAAGAUGAUUGGACAAGUAGAAAUCAACUUUUCCCAUAUGAGGACCAUGAUAACACAAUACAAACUAUUAUCCAACAGAAUUCUGGCAGCCGUCUUUGUUGCUGUGCUAAUUUUUGAAUCCGCAUGCUACCUGAAAUCGUAUUUGACAUACAUUAAAUUUGAUAAUCGCUCCAUCUACAAACAGCUCGGGCCACAUGAAGCUCACACCACCCCCAAAAGUUCUACCACUUUGUUCAGAAAAUUUCAAAUCUUGUGUGGGGCAUGCACCCCCAGUGCCAUCUCACUAUUGGUGGUGACAUUAUAUUUCACUGCAAUAGCUUUAAUAGCAGCCUUGGACCAUGUUGUGUAUCAUAUAAUUCAAGUCAUUCUUCCAUGGCUGCUGGACUUUCCACCCAUGUCUGCCAGCAUCAGCGUCAGUUAUAAGGUUCAAUGGUUUCCACCAGCGUUUUGCAUCAUCCCGCAAUCCUGCAUCACACGGCAGCUGACGGACUUCCGCAAGGAGUACAAGUGGAACUUCAGCCCCAAAACGUCGCUGUGUGAUGCCGCAACUUCAGCUCCCAACGCAGGUGUGAGCACACUGCUGGGAUGUCUGUGGCUGAUGAGCUAUGUGCUGGUGUUCCUUGAGGUGUACGCCACACGGCUACGGAGGAACAUCUGUGCAUCUUUCUUUAAAAAGCAGGAAGAGAUGAGACUGGCUUACAGGGUCUCGAAAGGCAGAGUAAGGCAGGACGGAAAGGAACCACAAGAGACUGUUUUAGUUGUCUGCAUGAUGACAGUCACAGUGUUCACUUUGAUGCCACUGUACCUUGUUCCUUGACAUUGAAGAUUUCAAUCAACAAGUCACUGGGGCGAACAUCAACUGUAAAACUUUAACUUAAUGGCUUUAGCGCAACAUUUUUGUACUGUGCACAAGCUGCAUGACACAACACUCAAAGCAGUUAAACAUUGUCGAAUGUCCAAAGAAUCUUUGUCAUCAAUGGAUCACAAAACACUGGCCCAUUUUGUGUCACUAUUUCUUGUGAUUAAAAUGUGAUGACAUUUUUUUUUUAUUUAUUUGAGUCUCACCACUACUCCAGUUAGUUUCUCGUUAGCUUCCAGCGCCACUAGAUGUCAUUAUGGUGCUUUGGGCUGAUUUAUCAAAUCACUAUAGCUCGUUCAACUCCUGAGGAAUGUAUUUUGGAGUUGUGUAAAUAUUCUUUGAGGGCAUAAAUAAUGCUCUGUUCUAUUUCCAUCACUAUCAAAAAGGACAAUACGCUUUCACUUCAAAAUCCCUUGUUGAAGCUUCUGGAGAUUAUUUUAAGAUGUCCUACCAGAAUAAAAAAAAGAAUUCCAUUUUUCUUCAUCUAUUUUAAGCCUGACUUUUGUACACAUCUUGGCAGUCAGAGAAAUCUACAUCUGUAAGAUGACAACAGAAAUUGUGAUAGAUCUAUUUCCUGUUAUUUUUUAUCUCCAUGCAUACUGUAUGUAAAUGUGUGCACCUCACAGAGCUGUAAUCUUAUGCAUAUGAAGGUUGGGGGACAUCUUUUGAAUAGUUGGCCACUUUAAUGAGGUUCAACAUUUUUUGCAGUUCAUUUAACAGUAUUGGAAUAUGUUAUAAAAAAUGUGAACACAUUACUUAAAAAACAUUAGGCAAAGCAAGGGAAUUUUAUUUAUAUAGGGCAAAUGCACCUUGUAUGUAUAUACACUCAGUGUGCUUUAGAUGGUUGAAAGCAUUUUAAAAUAAAGAGCAAAAGACAUUUAAAAAACUAAGUACACAAAAGUAAAAGACAGCUUUUAAAAUCAAAGAGACAAAAACUACUAAAAACACAAAGUGCAAGACAAACAUCUGACCCCAGUCUGUAGAUCUCAGAGCCCUACUGGAUUUAAUUUACAUUAGCAUUUCUUUAACCUAUUCUGGACGUAAACCAUUUAGUGAUUUAUAGACCAAUAGCAGAACUUUAAAAUCUAUUCUAACGCUGACUGUGUAGAGACUUUCGAAAUGGAGUAAUACAGUAUGUUCUGAUCUCUUAGUUCAUUAAAAACCUUUCACAGUUUUUACAUAAUCUUGUAUUAGCCAUUGUGUUGUUAAGAACUGUAAAAGGUGAAACACAUGUUGUCCGGAGUAGUGGGCAUGCCACCAACUCCUUAGAAUUCAUGUAUUUAGGAAUAAUCAUUUUAAAAAAUGAAAAAAUUUUCUCGCUUCCAGUCUACAAAUAGCAAAAACAUGUUGUCUAUAUUAUUUUUCUCCCUUUAAAAAUCUGCUAGACUAGUCCUUCGUUUAUUGCGAGGGUUACAUUCCAGAGGCCCUUGCGAUUCAUUAAAAUCCAUGAAGUAGAACAAUUUUAUUAUUUUAGAUAUUUUUCAAAGCUUCACACAGAAUAUCAAUACAAAUUAUGCAUUUGAGGUGCACGGAUUAUUUUUGUCUACUUUGGGUCACCAUCCUCACAUUCUACACUGUAGUAUCUGUGACUUUGAACGUGUGGCUGUCUGAAAAGACAGCACACGUUGACUGACGUAGGAGUCAGCGAAUGAGAGUGUAGAGUUGGCUGUGUUGGCUCAGUUAUAGCGCUGGCUGUUAAGUGGCUAACCAUUUGCAAGUCUGCGUGUUGAGUUGCUUGGGUUAAGUUAUGGCCAUUGGCA